AUGCUAACAAAAUGCGCAUUAGAAAAUAUCACACGCGCUGAGUCUAUGAACUUGGAGCUACUCAUUACAGGUGCCCCUAACACGUAUCAUGAAGCAUCCUAUCACCUUGAUGUAGUGAAUGCUGAGGAGAGCGAGCCCUUUACCUUAGAGUCUUUUAGAAAGUCAAUUUUGGAGGCUCUGAAAGUUGGCAAGGAGUAUAUACUGGCGAAAGUAACUACUUCUGACCCAACAAACGCCACAUCACUGUAUAAUUAUUACUACUCUGCGUUUGAGAUUAACAAAAUUCUUUUUAAAUACGAAGCAGACAGACACCUUCUCCAUAGAAUGAAGGUCCGAAAUCCAAUGAAUAAUAUGUUUAUUAUGGGGCAAGUAUAUUACUACAAAAUAGGAUAUGAUUCUUUAGAGGCUGCGUUGCAGGAGUAUGACCAUCCUACAGCUGAGAGUGCACGCGGAAAGAUGAAAGCAUUCAGUGAGGUUCUUCCUAUUUCUAGAAAUACUCAUAGUUCUUAUAUAGACAAGCUUAGUGUGCAAAAAGAACCAGAGCUUAGAACUAUUUCAAGAGAUCUAUUUGAAAAUCUAGCACACCCACAGGAGACUGCUGUAGAUACAGAGAAGAAACUGCGAAUACGUGCAGUGUACUUCGCAAAUGACGGUGACUUUUUGGUUAAAUCUGGUACUAGAGAGUUUUUUAAGAAGAAUGCUGUGAACACAGAUGACUACUUUAUAUUUAAACUUGAGAGAACACAAAACGACUUUUUAGCACUUUUAGACUCUCCUACAGGAAGUGAGUCUAAUGACGAGGCAGAGACUUGGAAGAGAGCCCUUACUGCGCAUCUAAGCUUUAUAUUGGUGAUUAUGUGUCUUCUUCUGUUUCUUGGUACGUUCCCUCUGGUUUUCUUUAUUGUUUUUCCGCUUGUUAUUUUAUUUCUACUUUCUAUGCUCUUCUCUCUCUUCUAUAUAUUCUGUUGCAGAAGAAGAACUUUUGGAAGUAUAGAUGUAAAUGACGUGGAAGAAGUGUAA